AUGAAGCCGUUGAAAUCCAGCUGUUCGAAGGCAGGGCGUGGACGUGGAAUGUCUUGGCUUCUUUUGCUGUCCAUCAUCUCCUUCAUAUGGAUGGCCGCUCUUGUUGCUGCCGCCAAGGAUUACUACAAGGUACUAGGUGUCGAUAAGACAGCCUCCGAACGUGACAUCAAGCGUGCCUAUCGCAAGCGUGCGCAAAAAAUUCACCCAGACAAGCAUCCCGACAAGCACGCCGAGUUCCUGGAGCUCAGUGAUGCUUAUCAAACUCUCAGUGAUGCAGAGACACGGAAGAUCUACGACCGAUACGGCGUCGAAGGUGUCAAGAAGCACCAGACACGGAAAGACAACGCGAAUCAGCACCAGCAGGAUCCUUUCGACAUCUUCUCGCGUUUCUUCGGCGGCGGAGGCGGCGGCGGAGGAGGCGUGCGGAAAGGACCCAGCAAAGGUUUCGACGUAGAUGUAGACAUCGAAGACUUCUACCGCGGCAGGACGUUCACGAUCGAGUAUGAGCGGAAUGUGGUCUGCUCGCAUUGCGAUGGAAGCGGUGCUGAGUCGCCCGGCGACAUUCACACUUGUGAUGCAUGCGAUGGGCGUGGAGUCAGGAUUGUCAGGCAGCAGAUCAUGCCAGGAUUCAUUACGAACGCACAAAUGACGUGCGAUCGAUGCGGAGGUGCAGGCUCUGUGAUUGCACACAGAUGCUCCAAGUGCCACGGUCAGAAGAUCGUUCAAGAGGCGGCCUCGCUUGAAGUUGAUGUUGAGAGGGGUGCAGAAGAAGGAGUCGAGGUGGUGAUUGAAGGAGAAGCAGACGAAGCGCCAGACUACGAAGCUGGAGAUGUGAUCGUCAAGAUCAGCUCGAGACGAUCGAAAGGCCAAUUCCGACGAGCAGGUACAUCGCUCUACAAAAGCCUGCCGAUUUCGCUUUCGGAAGCACUGCUAGGCUUUGAACGUAAUCUCACCCACAUGGACGGCCGUACAAUCACAAUCAAGCGUGAUGGCGUUACUCAACCCGGCUUCGUCUCCGUAAUCGACCAUGAAGGUAUGCCAGUACACGGGACAUCGGUUUCUGAUCCAGCCGAAGAUGAUGUCCGCGCUGGACGCGACAUGCUCUUCGGCAAGCUGUAUCUCGAAUGGCAGCUUGUCUUGCCCGAGAAGGUUGAUCCGGCACUGCGAAAAGUCUUGGAAAACGCUUCGGGACGAGCAAAUCAUGCUGAUGCUGCAGCCUCUGGACAUGAGGAACUGUGA